GAGUUAAAAGGAAAGGGAAAUUUACCCAAAGUAGAAGAAUUAGAGCCAAGAGGACGAGCUUUACAGCACAAGAAACCAAACGUUAUAAGCUCCGAUCGCAUAACCCAAAUCUCUCCUCCAAUCUCUCUCUCUCUCUCUCUCUCUCUCUCUCUCUCUCGUGCAUGUUCGUCAACCAUGAAACCACCAAAGGCCCCGAGUCUCCAUUGAAGCACAAACCCGCAGAGCUCCAUUCGUUUUCCGUUGUGUUGCUUCGUAAUCCUUUCCUGCGAUUCCUCUGGUUUCCUUAGGCGGGUUGUUCUUACUUCGAAAAGUAUUUCACUGGAUUUCUUCAAUGAGACCUCUCAAAGGGAUCAAGAAGAGGAAGAGAGUAGCGGAGAAGAAGGUUGACCAAAACGUCUUGGCCGCGGCGGGCGCCGCCACAGCUCUCCGCGGCGGUCCUCCGCUGCAGGAUUGGUGGGAUGAAUUCUCGCAGCGGAUUUCCGGUCCUCUGUUGGAUUCAAAAGAUCCCAAGACAUUGGAGUCAAUCCUCAAAGUAUCAAGGAAGACAUUCAACUACAUCUGUUCUCUCGUGAAGGAUGAUUUCACCGCAAGGCCCGCAAAUUUCAGUGAUUCAAAUGGAAAACCUUUGUCUCUCAACGAUCGAGUAGCCAUUGCGCUUAGGAGACUCGGCUCUGGUGAAUCUCUGUCGAUCAUUGGAGAAUCUUUUGGUAUGAACCAAUCUACUGUCUCCCAAAUCACUUGGCGGUUUGUGGAGUCCAUGGAAGAAAGAGGGCUUAAACAUCUCUCAUGGCCUGCGAAAUCAGACGAAGUGAAGUCAAAGUUUGAGAAAAUCUCGGGUCUGCCCAACUGCUGUGGGGCAAUUGACAUUACACACAUUGUUAUGAACCUUCCGGCUGUAGAGCCGUCCAACAAGGUUUGGCUCGACGACGAGAAAAACUACAGCAUGAUAUUGCAGGCCACGGUGGACCCAGACAUGAGAUUUCUUGACGUAAUUGCGGGUUGGCCUGGUAGUUUAAGUGACGAGGUUGCCCUCAGGAACUCGGGCUUCUACAGACUUGCGGAGAAAGGAAAGAGACUCGACGGGGAGAAGCUUCAGCUUUCGGAAGGAACUGAAUUGAGAGAAUACAUAGUAGGGGACUCAGGUUUUCCUCUUCUCCCGUGGCUUCUCACUCCAUACCAAGGCAAACCCAUGUCGAAUUCUCAAAUGGAGUUCAACAAAAGACACUCAGAGACCAGAAAGGUGGCUCAAAUGGCAUUGGCGAGGCUGAAGGAUAAGUGGAGGAUAAUAAACGGGGUGAUGUGGAUGCCAGACAGGAACAGGUUGCCGAGGAUAAUCCUCGUAUGUUGCUUGCUGCACAACAUUCUCAUAGAUAUGGAUGACAAAGUGUUGGAUGAUUUGCCGGUAUCUCAUCAACACGACAUGAGUUACAAGCAACGGAACUGCAAGUUUGUCGAUGAGGCUGCCUCGAUCAUGAGAGACAAACUCUGUCACCACUUGUGGGGAAAGGUUUCCGAAGCUUGAAGUAGGUGAUCCCAUUUUUCUUUCCAUAAUGUAGCACAAGUAAUGCAUUUUCUUUUCAUAAUCUGUAAGGAUUAUUAGAUUUAAUCGAUUAAUACAUGAUCCUCCUUGUUGAUGUUCUGGUUUCAAUCUGGGAAAUAGAUAGAAACAUUGUGGGGCCU